AGGUAGCACCCUGAGUGUGAGUGAGAGCUCCCGGUCCGUCCAAGCAGACAGCCCGGUGUGUCCCGGGCACUGUGUAGAAGAUGGUUUGGCUUGGGCUGUUAGCUGUGCUGCUGGAAAUCUUUCUUACUGAAUCUGCCCCAGCCAAGGAUGAGAUCCACUACCUACCAGGACUGGCCAAGCAACCCAGCUUUAAACAGUACUCCGGAUACCUGAAUGUAUCUGAAAACAUACACCUCCAUUACUGGUUUGUGGAGUCUCAGGGCCAUCCUGAAAGUGAUCCUGUUGUCCUGUGGCUGAAUGGAGGACCUGGCUGCAGCUCCUUGGAUGGGCUUCUAAAUGAGCAUGGGCCCUUCUUGAUACAACCAGAUGGGAAGACACUUCAGUAUAAUCCUUACUCCUGGAAUCUGAUUGCAAAUGUGCUGUAUCUUGAGUCGCCAGCAGGGGUUGGAUUCUCCUAUUCUGAUGACCAACAGUACAGAACCAAUGAUACUGCGGUUUCAUUCAAUAACUACCUGGCUCUGAAGGAGUUCUUCCGUCUGUUCCCUGAAUACAGCAAGAAUAGUUUCUACAUCACAGGGGAGAGCUAUGGAGGGAUCUACGUGCCAACACUGGCAGAGCGUGUUAUAACAGACAGCACCAUCCGUUUUCAGGGAAUGGCUGUUGGAAAUGGAUUAUCGAGCUGGGAGUAUAAUGACAACUCUUUGGUUUACUUUGCUUUCUACCAUGGGCUUUUGAGAUCCACAUUGUGGGCUGAUCUCCAGAAAUUCUGCUGUUCUGAGGGAAAAUGCAACUUCCAUGACAAUAAAGAUAAGGACUGUCAGUUGAGGGUUAAAGAAGUGUCACACAUCGUGUGGUCCUCUGGUCUGAAUGUGUACAAUUUGUAUGCUGAUUGUAUUGGAGGUGUGCCUGGUGAGAUUCGAUUUGAUGAGAGUCGGAAGCAGCUGGUCAUCAGUGACUUGGGAAACCUAUUCCCCAAAAACGAAAUGAGUCUGUGGUGGCGCAAGAAACUGAAAGAUGUACAUCAGAGCCACAGAAACGUUCGGCUUGAUCCCCCAUGCACCAACACCACUGCCUGCUGCGACUACCUGAAUGACCCAGAGGUUCGGAGGGCUCUGCAUAUCCCUGCCUUUGUGCAGAACUGGGAGAUGUGCAGCGCAGAAGUGAACCUGCUUUAUCAACGGCUGUACAGUGAUAUGAAGGAUCAGUACAUGAAACUGCUGUCUGCCAGGCAAUACCAGCUCCUGGUUUACAAUGGCGACGUGGAUAUGGCCUGUAACUUCAUGGGAGAUGAGUGGUUUGUGGAGUCACUUCAACAAAAGGUGACAGUGAACCGUCGAACUUGGCUGUAUGAUGAUGGAAACGGUGAUCAGGUGGGAGGAUUUGUCAAGGAGUUCGGCAACCUUGCUUUCUUGACAAUCAAGGGAGCAGGUCACAUGGUGCCAACAGACAAGCCUCUGGCUGCAUUUACGUUUUUCAGUCGUUUCCUUCACAAGGAGCCAUUUUGAGAAUGACCCAAGAUGAACUACACCCAAGAAAUCUGAAGAUUGAGGUUAUAUCGCUGGACAAACUAGAAGGAAGAGAGUUUCAAGUGUGUUCUGAGGCAAUAAAUUGAAGGAUUGAGUGUUGAUGUGUUGAGGGCUAUGAACAAUUCAUGAACCAUCUUUCCAAACUGAAAAUUGCCUCCUGACACACUCUAAACCAAAUCCUGUCUGUGUUUGAGAUCUUUCUGUAAAUAUUUUAAGUGCUCUCUUUGAUUAUGGCACACUCCUGAAAUGAUUUUCCUUGCAAUCAAGUGUACACUCCUGAGGCCUAGCCUCCAUGUAGUUAAUAGCACAUUGCUGUGCUUAGCUACCUGAAUUGGGGGUGGGGGUCAACAGUGCUUCUGCCAAUGUAAAGUCCCAAAAACAAUUAACCAGAAAUCACAAAAUGGACAACUUCUGAAAUCUUGGCUCCUGCACUGAGCUUAAAUUUAAAUCCGGUUUUGAUUUUAAUAUGAUAGUAUUAUAAAUGCUAAGCUGUUUAAGUAUGCUAUGGAUGACAUUAGAAAUUCAAAUGAGAUUCUUCUAUCUUGAAAUGAUUCAGCAAAUUUCAAGCAACAAAUAUUGAUCCAACCUAAGAAAUGGAAUGUUCAAAGGCCGGGCUUUAGGGAGUAUGUGCAACUUUAAAUUUUGCUGUGCCACCUAUUGUUUACUGUUGAUUUGAUUUCUCUUGUAAAUUUGGGGCUUUCGGACCCACAGGAAAGCCUCUGAGCUGUGCUGCUGUGACAUUGGUCCAGACUUGUUCGUAACAAAGCACCUUGUUGAACAAUUCUAGCAAUCCGUGGUGAGACCUUCUAACUUUUUCAAUGAACAAUUGACAGUAGUGUUCUAUAUGUAAUGGAGGAACUAAGCAAUAUUCCAAUUAUAAAAUUACUUAAAGUCAACUCAGUUGUUGAGUAUUAAUUAUUAAUCAGAUCACUGUUGUGAAAACCCUGUUUCACUUUGGAGCUUUACUUUGAUAGGGUGUUAAACAGUGAUGAGACUGGAAAUUCUCAUCAACGCAAUUGAUUUUAAUUGAUCACUGGCUCAAGUUGGAAGAUAUGAAUUGGCCCAUUAUGUGCCUCGUGACAGAGCUGUCAAUGACAGACCACAAUUUAGGAUUUGUGCAUCAAUUUGCACUUGUGCUAAAUCCUCAGGUUCUCAAUUUCAAAGUGGCAAUGACCAUGAUUGCUAACCAUUCACCACUCAAUUUCUGGACCAUUAGCUUCAUACCUGCUCCCUAUUACUGUAAAGGGGGUUUUGGAGGAAAGUGCUUUGUUUUUUCAACCUGAAUAACUAUCAAGCUGAAUGUAUUUGAGAGAAUAUUGGAAGCAGAUUCAAUAGUAACUUUAAAAUAAAAUGGGAUAUAUAUUUGAAAAGCAAAAUCGGUGCACAGCAUUGAGAAAGAGUGGGCGAAUGGGACUUAGUGAAUUCAAAGAACAGCAUUAACUUGAUGGGCUGAAUGGCUCUCUGCUAUAAAAACAUCUUUAUGACAUUGAUUUUUUUUUCCCCUCCCUUCUUUGUACUGUGUACUGUGUUCACUAACUGGUCUGUCAGAAAUAGCAAUGGAAAAGCCUAGAGUCUGACAAGAAGGAAUCUUCUCUCUCAUUCACAGGCGACAUAGACGACUGUUGCUGUGCAUCAGCUUCUCCAUUAAUAAGAUUCUAAAGCUGCGCACACAAUUGCCAGCUUGCUGAUUAAGUGAUGCUAGAAAGGUGAAGUAAGUACAGUCUAUACUGAAGACUCACCUCUAAAAUUUGCUGCUGUCAGACAUGAAUUACUCUGCUGUAAUAAAAACUGCCAAUCUGGCUUUGUCUCUUUUAUAUUCAGUCUAAUUAUGUACAAAGAGGAGCCCAGGUUAAAUAUUAAAACACUAGGGUAUUGAGGGGAAACUGCCCUCCAAAGGCUAGUAGAGUUUGAAGUUGGUGAGCGGGAAAAGUCACCAAAGCAGAUAGUGUAAUGUUGAAGGACAUCAAAUGUAUGUCUGGAUUGCUGAAUGGUAGAUAGGUGGGUUGAUUUCCGGAAAGGAAUAAAGAGGGAAGAAAUCUGUUCAAUAGUUGUGAAUUGAGCAGAGAUCUAACUAUUUCUGGUGGUGGUCAUGGGGGUCAACAUUUUAUCUGUCGACAUUCUCUGAAGGCUAAAAUAACAUUGCUUUGUCUUUUUGCUGGGUAACCUCUACCUACAAUGUCUGAGAUUUGCUGUACUUUUUAAAAUAUGUUUGUGUUGACAAAAUUAGACACUCAGAAUGUUAAUAAAAUGUUCUUUUGAGAAUU